CGUCACGCAGCCGCCGUCGAGCCCGGGGAGCGCCGGGCCGGGGCCGCCGGAGGAGGCCGAGGGGGGAGCGGGGCUGCGGCCGCCGCGGCGGGGACAGAAAAUGGAUGUUCCACCUGCUUAUGCUGACCUGGGCAAAUCUGCCAGAGAUAUUUUCACCAAGGGAUAUGGUUUUGGGUUAAUAAAACUUGAUUUGAAAACAAGAUCUGAAAAUGGACUGGAAUUUACAAGCUCAGGUGCAGCAAACUCAGAAACAAGCAAAGUCAACGGCAGUUUGGAAACAAAAUACAAGUGGGUGGAAUACGGGUUGAUGUUCACAGAGAAGUGGAACACGGACAACACGUUAGGCACCGAGAUCACGCUUGAAGAUAAGAUUGCACGUGGCCUGAAGCUGACCUUUGACUCCUCCUUCUCUCCUAACACUGGGAAGAAGAGUGCUAAAGUGAAGACGGGGUACAAAACGGAUCACAUCAACAUCGGCUGCGACAUGGAUUUUGAUAUCGCCGGCCCUUCAAUCCGAGGGGCCCUGGUGCUGGGCUACGAGGGCUGGCUGGCAGGUUACCAAACCACUUUUGAGACAGCCAAGUCUAGGGUGACCCAAAGCAACUUUGCUGUUGGCUAUCAGACUGAUGAGUUCCAGCUUCAUACUAAUGUGAAUGAUGGAACGGAAUUUGGAGGCUCCAUUUACCAGAAGGUGAAUGAUAAACUGGAAACUGCCGUGAAUCUUGCUUGGACAGCCGGGAAUAGCAACACUCGCUUUGGAAUAGCAGCCAAGUAUCAGAUUGACCCAGAUGCCUCUUUUUCUGCUAAAGUGAACAACUCCAGUCUGAUCGGAUUAGGGUACACUCAGACUCUAAAGCCAGGUAUCAAACUGACAUUGUCAGCUUUGCUGGAUGGCAAGAAUGUCAACGCAGGUGGUCACAAGCUUGGUCUAGGACUGGAAUUUGAAGCAUAAGUGAUUCUACAAUCACUAAUUGAAAAUACAGCAUAGCUACCUUCAGAAUCUAGUGUACCUUUCGAUGUUUUAUGUCUGGGAUGCGAGUAUUGCUAAGUGUCAGUCCUGCUAGUCCUGGUUAAAGACAGCUAAGCUUUAAAAAUGAUGAUGUUACAGAAAUGGAGACAAAAGCGUUAAGAAAAAAAAAAUCCUAAUUCCAGGCUUUUUUUUGGAAUGUUAUUUACCGUCACAUCCAUCAGCUGCCACAUGAUAGGAGGUAGGAAGGUAGUGAUUACCUUUAUUGCCUGCACAAGGAAUAUGUUAAUGUGGUAUAAAACUUGACUUUGAGAUUUGCAGACCACUAGAUAGCACUACUGAUUCCAUAAGCAAAAUGUUGCUACACUUUCAAGGUUUCAGUUCACGAUGGAGUGUGCAAACUUGUCUGAAAAAGGGAUUUUUUAAAAAUUUAUAAAUAUAUAUAUAUAUUUUAUUUUUUUUAGAUAGGCAUCUCACGAAUGGUUUGUCUUAUUUGGUUAUUGUGCACCUGCAGCUGUCUCCAGAAUGCUUUAGAUUGUCCACCUUGUGUAAGUCUGUUGAGGAGGAGGUUUGUUGUGACUCAGCCAACACUCCCUGUCCCGUGUUGUGGUUCCUUUCCCUUGCGCUGACCGGGAAGCUUGGAAGACAGGGCAAAAAUCAGGGAAGAGUCUUUGUAACCGCGAUCACAAAGUUGCGUCACUAAAUCGAAAACGGACUUUCGUUUUAUUACCACUUUUUUUUAGCAACUAAAUGGGUACGUUUUUAGAGUCUUCCAUUUUGUGUGGAACUAGACCCCAAAAUGCUGUACUUGAACACUACUAAAAAUGAAUAAAAAAACCCCAAUCCCAACUUGAAUAAAAUACUGAAAUGUCCUUAAAUAA